ACAACCUCCCGUUUGGGAGAGCCACAUAAAUGACAUUGAACUACAAGCUGGUUGGUAUCUUUAGCACAACAGUCAAAACCUGAAAUUUCACAAACAGCUCCCCAGAAAUCUUGAAUUCUUGAGGCCAUUCACACAUAUAAUGGCAGAAAACCAGAAUCCAAGAGAUCUCCACUGGGUUAUGGAGGUAAUGAAAUCUGGCAAUCUCAGCCUGCAUAGUGUAUCUUUCUACCUUUCCCAGCCAGAUUCAGGCUGUCAUCAAGAAACAGAAAGUUCCAUCAACAUUAAGAUAUCCAAACAAAACCUUCCCCAAUUCUCCAUCUUUCUUGAACUUCUAACAGCAUGCAAUGGCACCCACUCUUCCUUAACAAACCUGGAGUUUCAGCAGGUGCAAUGGGAGAUUGAGCAAGUGAGGAAGCUCGGGUUUCUACUCCAGAACAACUCGGGCGUUAAGCAACUGGUUUUUCGAAGAAACCGGUUCAGCACAGAAUGCCUAUCCGAGCUAUCAGAUAUUGUGAAGAAGAAUGGAGGGAUCAAAGAAAUCAUGGUCUCAGAAUCCAGCAUUGGCCCAGCUGGGGCUGCUUUUCUCGCUUCAGCUCUCAAGUUCAAUGGAGCCUUAGAAGAGUUGCAGAUUUGGGAAGACUCCAUUGGGUCAAAGGGCGCAGAGGAGCUCUCCAAGAUGAUAGAAGUGAACUCAACCUUGAAGCUACUCACAAUCUUCGACUCGAGAUCAAUCACCGCAACGCCUCUCGUCUCAGCUGUUCUAGCCAGGAACAGGAGCAUGGAAGUCCACGUGUGGAGCGGAGAGAAUAACGAGAAAACUUCAAAGGUGGUAGAAUUCGUGCCCGAGAACAGCACGCUUAGAAUAUACCGCCUCAACGUCUCAGGCACCUGCAGGGUCGCUUGUGCCUUGGGGCUUAACUCGACCGUGAAGUCACUUGACAUGACGGGAGUGAGGCUCAAGUCUCGUUGGGCGAGGGAAUUCCGGUGGGUUCUAGAACAAAACCGGUGCCUCAAGGAAGUGACAUUGUCAAAAACAGGCCUGAAAGAUAAAGGAGUUGUGUAUGUUGCAGCUGGGCUGUUCAAAAACCAAACCCUCCAGAGCUUAUAUGUUAAUGGAAACUGUUUCGGAGGAGUGGGCGUAGAGCAUCUACUUUGCCCGCUCACCCGCUUCUCCGCCCUGCAAAAUCAAGCAAACAUUACUCUCAAGUCAGUAACUUUUGGAGGAAAAAAGACCAAAAUUGGUAGAGAUGGGCUGGCAGCGAUUCUGCAGAUGUUAACAACCAACCAAAGCCUUACCCAUCUCGGGAUUUAUGAUGACGAGAGUUUAAGACCAGAAGAUAUAUCCAAAAUCUUCAGAAGUUUGGAGAGGAAUGCUACACUAAGGUGUUUAUCUCUGCAAGGCUGCAAAGGCGUCGAUGGUGAAACGCUUCUGCAAACAAUAAUGGACAUCUUACAGGUAAAUCCUUGGCUCGAGGAGAUCGAUCUUUCAAGAACACCAUUGCAGAGUUCUGGGAAAACAGAAGGAGUGUACCAGAGAUUGCACCAGAACGAAAAGUCUGAUCCAGAAAUCGAUUUGCUCAAAGACAUGGCCAUGACAGUUCCCAAGAGCUGUAGGGUGUUCCUCUGUGGCCAAGAACAUGCUGGCAAAAAUACACUGGCAAAUGCAAUAUAUCAGCAGUUUUCUUCUUCAAAGCUGCCCUACAUUGACCAAGUAAGAACUCUUGUGAACCCAAUUGAGCAAGCAGUUACUAGACCUGUAGGAAUGAAAAUAAAAACAUUCAAAGACGACGGCACAAAGAUCUCGAUAUGGAACCUAGCGGGUCAGCACGAAUUCUAUGCACUCCACGACCUCAUGUUUCCCGGGCAUGGAAGUGCAUCAUUUUUCUUAGUUGUAUGCAGUUUGUUCAGAAAGCCUAACAACCGGGAACAAAAAACCCCGAACGAGAUUGAAGAAGAUCUGCAGUACUGGCUGAGGUUUAUCGUGUCCAACUCGAGAAGAGCAUUGCAGCAGUGCAUGCUGCCAAAUGUGACCGUGGUGCUUACACACUACGACAAAGUCAAUCAGGCUUCACCAGAUCUACAGGCCACUGUGAAUUUAAUUCAAAAGCUAAGAGACAAGUUUCAUGGUUUUGUUGAGUUCUACCCGACUUUAUUCACUCUCGAUGCAAGAUCAUCUGCAUCGGUGAGUAAACUCGCCCAUCACAUCAGGAAAACGAGCAAGACAGUUCUCGAAAGGGUUCCACAAGUUUACGAGCUCUGCAAUGAGCUCAUACAAAUUCUAUCAGAGUGGAGAGUGGAGAAUCACCACAAGCCAGCAAUGAAGUGGAAGGACUUUGCAGAUAUAUGCCAAGUCAAGGUUCCAUUUCUAAGAGUUCGAUCGAGACUUGAUAAUACGGAGAAGGUAGAGAUGAGGAGAAGGGCGGUGGCUACCUGUCUUCAUAACAUCGGGGAGGUUAUUUACUUUGAUGAACUCGGGUUCCUAAUCCUGGAUUGUGAGUGGUUUUGUGGUGAAGUACUUGGUCAGCUAAUGAGAUUAGAUGUCAGAAAGCAUAGUUCAAUUGAAAACGGUUUUAUCAGCCGAAAACAUCUAGAGAGAAUUCUUAAAAGUAGCCUAGAUAGCCAGAUUCCCGGGAUGGGAUCCAAGGUUUUCGAGAACCUGGAAGCCAGUGAUCUUGUGAGAAUGAUGCUGAAACUAGAACUGUGCUAUGAACAAGACCCCUCGGAUCCCAAUUCACCAUUACUAUUCCCAUGUGUUCUCGAAGAAGGGAGAGGAAGACCACAAAAGUGGCAGAUAAACGCACCUGACUGCAUUUAUGCAGGAAGACACCUCGAGUGUGAUGACACAAGCCAUAUGUUCCUAACACCAGGCUUCUUUCCCCGCUUACAGGUACACUUGCACAACAAAAUGAUAGGAUUGAAGAGUCAAUAUGGAGCAACAUACAGCCUCGAGAAGUACCUGAUUUCGAUGAGCAUAAACGGCAUCUAUGUGCGCAUAGAGCUUGGAGGUCAACUGGGAUACUACAUUGAUGUGCUCGCUUGCUCCACGAAGAACCUAACAGAAACUCUCAGACUCUUUCAGCAGCUCAUAAUACCGUCAAUUAUGAGCUUAUGUCAUGGCUUCACAUUAACUGAAAACAUCCUUCGACCAGAAUGUGUGAGAAACCUGACACCCCCGAGAUACAGAAAAACGCAAUUUCUGGCUGUUCAACAUUUGAAGCAGACGUUGCUCUCGGUUCCUGCUGAGGGUAUGUAUGAUUAUCAACACACAUGGGACGAAGUGGCUGAUUCUGGGAAGGCCAUAUUAAGAGGUGGCUUUGAUUUUGCUCGAGACCUCUUAUCAGAUGAUGAUUUUCGGGAAGUACUUCACCGCAGGUACCAUGAUCUAUACAAUCUUGCUGUAGAGCUUCAAGUCCCACUGGAAAACAACCCGGAUCAUGCAAGUGCCAGUAAUGAAACUGAAAGCGCAGUUGAGCCUUCUUUUGCUGGGAUUGCCAAGGGCGUUGAAGCAGUUCUGCAAAGACUAAAGAUUAUCGAACAAGAAAUCAGGGAUGUAAAGCAGGAAAUUCAAGGACUCAGAUACUAUGAACACAGGCUCCUGCUCGAGCUGAACCACAAAGUGAACUAUUUAGUGAACUAUAACGGCCAACUUCAAGAAAGAAAAGUACCAAAUAUGUUCUACUUUGUGAGAACUGAGAACUUCUCACGGAGAUUGGUUACCACCAUGAUCUCGGGCAUGAAUGCUCUUAGACUGCACAUGUUAUGUGAAUUCCGGGGUGAAAUGCAUGUAGUCGAAGAUCAGAUUGGCUGUGAAAUGAUGCAGGUUGACAACCGGGCAGUGAAGAGCCUGGCACCCUACAUGAAAAAGUUCAUGAAACUCGUCACUUUUGCUAUGAAAAUCGGAGCCCAUUUAGCAGCAGGGAUGGGAGAAAUGAUACCCGAUUUGAGCAGGGAAGUCGCCCACCUACUCGACUCUCCACUUCUCUAUAGCGCAGCAGGUGCAGGAGCAGCUGGAGCAGCGGGUGCAGCCAUGGCUGGAGCAGCAGGCACUGCUGCAUUUGGACGAGGUGACAGGAACCGAGGAUCAAGGGACAUUCAACAAGAUCUCAGAACAGCACAGCAGUGGGUUUUAGACUUCUUAAGGGACCGGAGAUGCUCUACUGGAAAAGAUAUUGCCGAGAAGUUUGGAUUGUGGCGAGUUAGAUACCGAGAUGAUGGCCAAAUCGCGUGGAUCUGUAGAAGGCACAUGCACAUGAGAGCAAAUGAAGUAAUUGAAGUACCAAUUUGAAGAUAUGGGAGACACCUUUGUAGUUCUUUCCAAAAAGCCAAAAACUUUAGUUAUGCAAUACAGAUCUGAUGAUACACUAAUGU